AUGGAUUCUUGCCUAGCCGUUGAGGCCGAUAUUGACAAAUUAAUUGCCAAAUAUAAUAAAUAUGGACCGAAAUGGCAAUUCCAACUACACAGAUUUAUUUCGACAUUAGAACGGUACAAACGAGAAAUUGAAAGUCAAAGUUCUGAAAUAGAUAAGUGUGGACUUUCUUCAACAAUCUUACAAAUGAAACUCGCCAUAAAGGACAUUUCGAACGAACACAGAAGAUGGCAUAGCGAUGUUUCAAGAGUAGGAAAAACUAUUGACAAAAAUUUUAUUGCUGACUAUACAGAAGCCAGUAAUCAAAAAGCGUUUAAAACCAACCAUGAAAAAGAAAUACUAAACAAAAUCAUUUGUAUGCAUUUGUACCGGGAUUCAAAAUGGGAAGUUGCUGAAGAAUUUUUAAAAGAAGCUGGUAUUACAGUUGACGAUAAACUAAAACAACGGUAUUUAAAUUUAAACCAUAUUGUUGAUAGUUUGAGACAAAAAGAUCCUAUGCCAGCCUUUGAAUGGGUAUAUCAAAACAAAGUUCAGCUAGAUGCCAAAAAAUCAGAUCUAGAAUUUAAAUUGCACCAAAUUGUGUUUUUAGAUGUUCUUAAUCGUGGCGAUCAAUAUGAAGCAGUUGUUUAUGCUCGCACAAAUUUCAGUCGUUUUAUUGACAAACAAAAGGAAAUCCAAUCCACAAUGGGUAUGUUAUUGUAUCCACCUAAUGUUGCACAAAUGCGUACUGAAGUUAUUGACCUGUUUAUAAAAGAUUCUUGUCUUAGUGAUGACGAUAUGUUGAGUGUGUGUGUGAAUGUGGGUUGUUCAGCAUUACCAGCUUUACUAGAUAUUAAACACGCAAUUUGUCGAGAUGUUGGAGGAGUUUGGAAUGAAAAUGACGAAUUACCAAUCAAAAUCGACACUGGUUUUGCGUAUCAUUCAGUAUUUGCUUGUCCAAUAUUAAGAACUAGAAGUGGAACAUCUAAUCCACCUAUGAUGUUAGUAUGUGGCCAUGUAAUAUCCAAAGAUGCACUUAAUAAAUUGGAAAGAUCUGGUAGAUUAAAGUGUCCAUAUUGUCCUAAAGAACAACUUCCAUCAGAAGCUAGAACUAUAAAUUUCUAA